CUCGGGCAGUCAGUCCCCCUUGACAGCCACAUUCUACUCCGGUCCCCUUCCGCAGCAGAGAGACGAGUCUGGGAAUAGCAACAGCACUGUCGAGAUCACAGAGCCUGGCACACAGAUCACUCGGCACUGCUCCUUCAUGUGUUUCGACCCCGUCGACGGAUCUCCACGUCAGGACUUUACUAUUGCUCUCCAGUCCCAUAUUCUCAAUAUUCCUGGCGCAUACCUCUCCGAUUCUCUAGGCGCAAGAGCCGCACACUUGUCGCCCCAGCAAGCGUAUCCUUCUUCUCUACAGCAGCUACAGCAACAGCAACCCGCCGAUACCAGACCUCCGGUCCACAUCCCCCGCAUCGGGCCGCGAGACAUGUCUACUAGUCACCCGCCCCGGGCUCGUGCCACACGCACCUAUAGCGCGCCGUCCAUCCCGCCCAUAUCGACGAGAGCGCAGCCCCAGCUUCGUAUGCCCCCCCAGCCGCCGCCACUGUCCAUGUUUCCCAACUUCCCUACGCCGACUACCCCAUCACCGCUCUCGUAUAAUCCCCUCAUGCAGACGCCAACGCUAUCGUCCCCGGCGACCACCCGACCUCCGAUGCCGAACCCGCUCAACCUGUCCGCGGAAGAGAACGUGUUCAUCUACCAGCGGUUGCCGAUGCGGUCGCCGGCGACGGCCGAGACGGUAGUGCGGCAUUUCCAGCGUCGACGGUUCGUGUACUUGGACCUGGCCGAGGCCACUGACGCCAGGGUGGCUGACAUGCCUAUCGGUAGCCCGGGGAGGGAGCGCAAGGUGCGGGUCGCGCAGCUCGCGAGGAGGAUCAGCAAGAAGUGGGAGCGGAGGCGGGCGUUAUCGCUUCCGGCCAGCCGCAUUGAAGUCAUCGUCCAGCGGCAUCGUGGGGAGGAGCGUCUGAGCGUGUUUUGGGUGAAGGUGCUGGAUGAGGUCGAGAAGGCGGAUUUAUCAUACAGUACCGCCUCAACGCUUUUGUUGG